AUGGACUCCGCGCCUCUAAUCAAGGCGCAUGAUCAUGCGAGAGCCGCAUCUAUAGCAACUCACUCCUCCGAUACCACUGUUGCAGUUAACGAGCAUACGAGAGCUGCUGGUGAAUUCGCCAACGCCGCACGGAAUACUAGCAGCGUCGAGGCUCUACGCACUUUGAAGCUGCUCGAGCAGCAUCAUCAAAGACUUUCCGAACUUCUUCAACUUCCGAGCAAGCCUCCUACCUCUCAGGCCGCUUCCGAAAAUGACUCCCAGUCCAGUGAAAAGGAUGAAGCGGCUACAAGUGUAGCCUCCACUUCACCGCCUACAAAGAAUAAUACCACCGGAAUCUCAAAUGAGAAAAAUGCGCAGCCUCCUCCAACCCUCCCCAAGCAACCGCGGUACCCCCCGCGAGACCUUGGGGCCUCUAUUGCUAGCAAUCUCGCCUCUGCCCGCGGAAUUCGGUCCAAGUACAGAUCUCAGCCGCUAAGCCCAAGUGUAUCCAAUACAGAGGCUCCUGGAAACAUGGAGGCCACCUCACGUAGAAGUGGAUCUAGAACUAAAAUGCAGAACAUGCUUGACAAUUCUGACAGACCAAGUAUUGCCACCUCUCCAGAGAAAGGGAGACUUUCGAGACAGUCGAGUUCCGGUCUAGAAGACGAAAGAUCAAGCCAGGAACGAGUAGAUAAUAAGCAAAGUAGUGAUGAUGGUUUCUCCAGGUUCUACAGCGCAUUCGGUAGUAUCAUUAACAGGAUUUCUGCACCACUUGCGUUUGCAGGACUACCCCUAAUCAGCGAGGAUCAAGCCGAGGCUCCUGCCCCAACUCCCACUCCAGCCCCUGAGCCUCCAGUCCAGAAGCGUAACAGAAUCAGAGGACCUUCCUCGGUCUCUGCCGAACCUGACCUACGGAAAUUUUAUUCUAAAGCCGCCUUGCGGGCUGUGUCCCGCGACGGGCAAUCUGCCAAUGACUCCUUCUACGUCGUCCCCACUAGCGGACACACGGCCUCUUACGCAAGUAUCCUCUCGUUCGCCGAUAAAGAAAAGCGGCGUCUAGAAGCCCAGGGCAGCGCGGGCGUCCUCAUCGAGGAUCCUGACGAGGACGACUUCGUCGACGCCAAGGAAUCACAGGCUGCUGCUUCCCGCUUACCCGCCGCCCAUAGACUGGCUAGUAAGCGGUCGAACCAGGACAGAGAACUCACUAACAUGGUCGAGGAGUUAUACCUCGAGAACAAGGGCCUCAAGGACAUGCUCGACAAGCUGAGCAAGCGCCUCCACGCUUUCGAGUCCAUGUCCCAGAACUCAGGCAUGCGGCUCGCGGAAAGCAUGCGUCUCAUGCGGCCCAGCUCUCCUCUAGCAGGUAAAGCAUCCGCACCACCACCCUUAUCAACCCUAAGUUCAGGAACAGGGACAGGAACAGGAGUGUCAGACGAAGCGCUCGCGAAACGCAAUCGCGAGCUGGAAGAGCAACUCCAGCUCAUGGCGAAGCAGAUGGAGGAGACGGAGCGCAACUACAACAAGGCGCGGGCGAACCUCAUUCGCUAUAGAGAGAAGUGGGAGCAGCUGAAGGCCGGGGCGAAGGCCAGGCGCGCCGGAGGCAGUGGGAGUGCGGCGGGCCAGGGGAGCUCGGAGGGAGGGACUGGUUUGGGGAUGUUGGAAGAGGGGUUUAGGUCGCCGGGUUUAGGCUAG